AUGGCAAACCUAGCGGCCCAGCUCGCGGCCGUGCUCCAGGCCUGCAUCAAGCGGAGCAGCGGCCCCAAGCCCAGCCGCGCCCACGCCAGGGCCGCGCACGCGCGCGUCCUCGCCGCCGGCCUCGGCGCCGACACCUUCCUCCUCAACCGCCUCGUCGAGCUCUACUCCCUCUCCGGCCUGCCAUGCCACGCGCUCCGCGCCUUCCGCGCGCUGCCCCACCCCAACGUCUACUCCUACAACGCCGCGAUCUCGGCGGCCUGCCGCGCGGGGGAUCUCGCCGCCGCCCGGGACCUGCUCGGCGGAAUGCCCGAACGGAACGCCGUCUCCUGGAACACCGUGAUCGCCGCCGUCGCGCGGUCGGGCUCGCCGGGGGACGCGCUGGGGAUGUACGAGGGGAUGCUGCAGGAGGGCCUCGCGCCGACGCACUUCACGCUCGCCAGCGUGCUGAGCGCGUGCGGCGCCGUGGCUGCGCUCGACGACGGGAGGCGCUGCCACGGGCUCGCCGUCAAGGUCGGGCUCGACGGGAACCAGUUCGUGGAGAACGCGCUCCUCGGCAUGUACACCAAGUGCGGGAGCGUCGAUGAUGCCGUCAGGCUGUUCGACGGGAUGGCUCGCCCAAACGAGGUGGCGUUCACGGCGAUGAUGGGCGGGCUGGCGCAGAGCGGGGCUGCGGACGAUGCGCUCAGGCUGUUUGCACGCAUGAGCAGAAGCGGGGUCCGUGUUGAUCCGGUGGCUGUCUCCAGUGUUCUCGGCGCGUGUGCACAGGCUUGCGCUGGUGAGUACAGCAUCGUUCGUGCAAUCAGGCUUGGACAGUCCAUUCACGCAUUGGUUGUCAGGAAAGGGUUUGGAUCAGACCAACACGUUGGAAACUCCUUGAUGGAUAUGUAUGCAAAGUGCAUGGAGGUGGACGAGGCCAUGAAAGUCUUCGAGUCAUUGCCCAGCGUCAGUAUCGUUUCUUGGAACAUCCUUAUAACUGGAUAUGGCCAGGUGGGCCUCUAUGCUAAGGCCAUGGAAGUGCUGGACCUCAUGCAAGAGUCAGGCUUUGAGCCCAAUGAGGUCACUUAUAGUAACAUGCUUGCUUCCUGUAUUAAGGCGAGGGAUGUUCCUUCUGCUCGUACAAUGUUUGAGAAGAUAUCAAAGCCAAGUGUGACUACUUGGAACACUCUGUUAUCUGGUUACUGCCAGGAGGAACUGCAUCAGGACACAAUUGAGUUGUUCAAGAGGAUGCAGCAUCAAAAAGUGCAGCCUGACAGGACAACCUUGGCUGUGAUCCUCAGUUCAUGCUCUAGAUUAGGAACUUUGGAACUGGGCAAGCAAGUGCACUCUGCUUCAGUAAGACUUUUGCUUCACAACGACAUGUUUGUUGCAAAUGGUCUGGUGGACAUGUAUUCAAAAUGCGGUCACGUUGGUUUUGCUCAGAUCAUUUUCAAUAGGAUGACACAGAGAGAUGUGGUAUGUUGGAAUUCCAUGAUAUCAGGUUUGGCUAUCCAUUCUUUGAAUGAAGAGGCCUUCGAUUUCUUCAAGCAGAUGCGAGAAAAUGGAAUGUUUCCCACAGAAUCCUCCUAUGCUAGUAUGAUAAACUCAUGUGCUAGAUUGUCAUCCAUACCUCAAGGUAGGCAGAUGCAUGCACAGGUUCUAAAAGAUGGCUAUGAUCAGAAUGUCUAUGUUGGCAGUGCCCUGAUCGACAUGUAUGCUAAAUGUGGCAACAUGGAUGAUGCACGCCUUUCCUUUAACUGCAUGAUUGUGAAGAACAUAGUGGCAUGGAAUGAGAUGAUACAUGGAUAUGCUCAGAAUGGUUUUGGAGAGAAAGCUAUAGAAUUGUUUGAGUACAUGCUAACUACAAAACAAAAACCAGACAGUGUGACGUUCAUUGCUGUGCUGACAGGAUGUAGUCACGCUGGGCUUGUUGAUGAAGCCAUUGCAUUGUUUAAUUCCAUGGAGAGCAAUUAUGGGAUAACACCACUAGUUGAGCAUUACACUUGCCUCAUAGAUGCACUGGGGCGGGCUGGUCGUUUUGUUGAAGUCGAGGCUGUAAUAGACAAAAUGCCAUACAAGGAUGAUCCUAUAGUGUGGGAAGUUCUACUAGCUGCCUGUGUGGUACAUCACAAUGCUGAAUUGGGAGAAUUGGCUGCAAAGCAUCUAUUCCGCCUUGAACCGAAGAAUCCAUCACCUUAUGUGCUUCUAUCAAACAUAUAUGCUUCCUUGGGCAGACAUGGCGAUGCAUCAGCUGUUAGGGCACUAAUGAGUAGUCGUGGUGUUGUGAAAGGUCGUGGAUACAGCUGGGUACAUCAAAAGGAUGGUGCUCGUGCCUUUAUGGUAGCUGAUGAUCUCGGAAAGAAUGUUGGACAAUCCACAAUGUUCAGUGAGAGUGAGGAUACUUCUGGGAUUGCAGAAGUGCACUGUGAUGAAACUUGUGCUGGCUGAUUCGGAAUCUGCUGCUGCUGCUGCUGCUAUAGCAUAUUCACUGACAUAUUAUGCCACUUUUAGCUGAAUCCAGCAGUCUCACUCUUGGUGCAAUUCUCUUGUGAGACUCAUGUUGCACUCUUGUUUUAGUUUAAUGCAGUACUGGGAACUGUGCAUGGUCUGAACGUUUGGGAGCAAAGUAUGGGAAUGGAAGGCAGGAAAUGCUUAUUGCAGAUGUGGUGUAAAGAUGACUACAUGCUUGAUUGCUCAGUUCAUUUCGCCAUAUGUUGUAAAGGGCGUGAUAAGCCAUGGCACGUGGAUGUUCAAAGCAAUUCCUAGCUCCAUGGCCCAUUAUAAGAGUAAGUUUAACUCUCUAAUGGUAGCAGACGUUGUCUUUUAAUUACAAAUGCACAUUUACUGAGAAAGACAAACAGACAGCUGUCUCUUUUC